AGCCAAACCAACCAUUUGAAAAGUUGUUUUGUUUAUGUUUUCCCCUGGUAAAACGCGAGAAAAUCUGCGUGAAAGAACUGGCAAAAUGACCCCAGAAUCCCAGGGCCGGCUUGAACCAGGCAACAUCGAGUCCUUCGUGAACGAUUGCCUCCGAGAGGAUUUAAAAAUCUACAACGAACAACUCAACCGAUUAAAUGGAGAAAUCAUGGAGUACGUUCAGCUGAAGAACAUGAUCGAAAACGUGCAGGAAAACGCUACCGACGGUUUCAAAACCCAGAUCAACGUCGGUGGAAAUUUUUUCAUGAAGGCCAAAGCCGACAGUCCGGACCGGAUACUGGUGGAUGUGGGAUUGUGUCACUUUGUUGAGUUCCGGCUAGACGAGGCGCUGCGCUUCGUGGAUAUGAAAAUCAACGUGCUGACGAAGCAGGCAGAUGUAAUUCGGGACAAGAGCAUCGAGACGCGUGCCAACAUUAAACUAGCCUUGCUUGUUAUAGGUGAUGCAAACAAAUUACAUGAUUCUGUAGAGCGGUAAGACAGGGAUACAAACUGAUAUUUUGAAAACUUUGUAUAUAAAACGUUUUGAAUAAAAUAUUUCUUUGAAUUGAAAAUUAA